GAAAUGAAUGCAAGUGUCUUCUGCAACUACUCCCAGGUGGACUUUAUAAUGAACAAAGUAGAAUUGGGUAUUUAUAUUCCAACCUUUAUCCUGGGCUGUAUCCUGAAUAUAUUUGCACUAUUGAUAUUUUUUUGUUUUAUUAAAAAAUGGACAGAAGCUUCAAUUUACCUGAUCAACUUGGCAAUCCUGGACCUGUUUCUUAUUUUGUCUUUGCCAUUCAAGAUGUAUUUCUCGGAGCAAAAACAAAUAGUGGACAAUCAGUUAUGCACCUUUGCACAUAUCCUUUACUUUACUAACAUGUAUGGAAGUAUCUAUAUGAUCACAUGCAUCAGCCUGGACAGAUAUAUUGCAAUCAAACAUCCUUUCUGGGCCAAACAUAUACGCUCUCCAAAAAAGACGACAGCAAUUUGUUUUUCCAUUUGGAUUUUUGUCUGGGCAGUUGGAGCUUCAACAUUAAGGAAGGAUGACCAAAGUGGGUGCUUCCAUAACAUGUCAACUAAAAUCUGGAGCCCACCUCUCAUCAUUUGCCUUGAGCUUUUUGGAUUUUUAAUUCCAAUGAUUAUCUUAAUGGGCUGCUCCUUUCAAAUAGUAAGGGAGCUGGGAGCUCGUAGAGGUGUAUCAGAGCAAGAUGAUGGGCAAAGAACUACAGUGAGGAGCAUUAUUAUAUCCAACCUUGUGGUGUUCCUGCUUUCAUUUCUGCCCAGUCACGUGGGAAUUUUCCUGCAGUUUCUUGUCAAGCAAGAGAUCAUCACAGAUUGUUAUCAAAAGCAGACCAUCAGCCUGCUUUUGCAAUUAUCGCUGUGCUUGGCUAAUGUCAAUCCAUGUCUUGAUGCUGUGUGCUAUUACUUUGUAUUUAAGGAAUUUCGGGAACUGUCAGUAAGAAGCCAUUCCAUCAUUUGGAGAACAAUUACAUUACAGCCCACUGGGAGUGAGUGAGGACAACUCUGCUAUUCUUUAUAGAUCAGGUAACCACUUGGGUCAAUGAAGAAAUAAUAACUGGAGCUAAAAGGGACACUACAUGAAUAUUAUAUUAUGCAAAGAGCACAGCAUGCACAUAUGGCACCUCUACUUAGGGAAUUGUCCCUGUUAUUAUUAAUUAUAUUAUUGUUAUAUUUAUGUAUCACUGGCAUAAUCUACAGACCCUUUUCAAUAGAGAACAUCACUCAAAUUGCAACAGUUUGGCUGCCAUAACCCGCCCAUGGACUGCCUUUUCUAGUGGGUAAUAACACAAUAGGAGGCCUAUGAAAGUUGGAUAAGGUGAAUGUGUUCAGUCGGGCAAAAAGACAAUUGCAGCUUGGGAAAAAAACAAGCUACGCCAGAAAAACUUUGAUAGAAGGAUAUAUCAAGAGCUCUUAUUAUACGUUAGAAAAAAAUCAUAUUGAAAAUAUAAACUAAGUUAUAGUGACCCUUUUAACCUACUUGUUUAUCUUGAAAACAAGUUUUAUUUUUUAGCUCUCCUUCAAUGAAAUGUAUUCUGUCUAAACCAUUUCAGUUAUUGCUGAUUAAAGAGGCACUGUACUGACCUGUUACUCAGUAAAGAUUUUAUAGAGAUUUCUUUUCAAUAAACAGUUUUACAUGUCUGAUUUCAUUCAAGCAAACCUUCAGAUUUUUCUGCCAUUUUUUAUUAUCAUUUUAUUCUAUCCAUCAUUCCUGGUCCAUGAUAUAUUUAGCCA